CCGACAAGCGUCCGUUUACAGUGCACAGUUCGAUUUGUUUUGGUUUGCAGACUGCGCUUUGUCACGGGGAGCCAAUGUCCACCGCGAUACUGUAACCUGUGUCGUUAAUAAUCUUUGACUCCCUGCCAAAAUCCCGGAACAACGCCCCCUCUGAGAUCUGUAAUUCGCCACCCCCUUUCAGGGCUGUCGUCUGCCUUGUCGCUCUGUUAUCGGACCUCAGAAGCUGGCCUGCUAGUUAGCAAACAAGCUAACGAUUGCCAGAUUUCACCCAUGUCCUCUGAAGAAGGGUUGAGCUCAACGAUCACAGAUUGGCUUUUCAUCAAUUCCUGGUGGCUUCUUCUGCCAUUCAUCAUGCUUCUUGUAGUUGCUGCCUUCAUCGUUGCCUUUGUGUUGCUGUUAUACAUGAUAUCGCCUCUCAUUAGUCCCAAACCUCUGAAACUGAACGGGGCCCAUGUCGUGGUGACAGGAGGCUCAAGUGGGAUUGGGAAAUCCAUUGCAGUUGAGUGCUACAGGCAAGGAGCAUUCAUCACUUUGGUGGCACGGGAUGAGGCUAAAUUGCUUCAAGCAAAGAAAGAGGUGGAGAAAUUUGCCAUCAAUGACAAACAGGUGGUGCUCUGCAUAUCAGUGGAUGUUUCCAGUGAUUAUAGCCAGGUGGAAAGUGUGAUAAAACAGGCUCAAGAGAAGCUGGGUCCGGUUGAUAUGUUAGUGAACUGUGCUGGAUUAGCCAUUUCUGGAAAGUUUGAGGACGUGGAAGUGGACCGUUUUAAGAAACUGAUGGAAGUAAACUACCUGGGCAGCGUUUACCCAACACGGGCCGUCAUAACCACCAUGAAGGAGCGAAGAAUGGGCCGCAUUAUGUUUGUGUCCUCCCAAGCAGGCCAGAUCGGCCUGUUUGGAUACACCGCCUACUCCCCAUCCAAGUUUGCUCUGCGUGGCUUAGCAGAGUCGCUGCAGAUGGAGAUAAAGCCAUACAAUAUCUAUGUGACUGUGGCCUACCCCCCUGACACUGAGACUCCAGGAUUAGCUGAGGAAAAUAAGACCAAGCCUCUAGAGACCAAAUUAAUCUCUGAAACUUCUGGAGUUUGUCAACCAGACCAAGUAGCCAAAAUCAUUGUUCGGGAUGCAGUGCAGGGGAACUUUAACAGCUCUGUGGGACCCGAUGGUUACAUGCUAUCAGCCCUCACCUGUGGAAUGUCACCUGUUACAUCCAUCACAGAAGGCCUCCAGCAGAUUGUUACCAUGGGAUUAUUUCGGACCAUCGCCCUCUUCUACCUGGGGAGUUUUGACAGCAUUGUGCGCCGCUGUAUGAUUCAGAGGGAGCAGUCAAAAGCCGCUGACAAGAGGGAGUAGCAGCAGCCUUACCUUCUUCACAGCCCAAUGCCCCUCCUCUUCCUUUACACACCCCCAUCCCAUCCCAUCCCAAGAUGUCCAGAUGUACAAGUGCACAACCAUAGGUGGGGAAAAGGCCAAGCUUUGAGUGCAUUUCUGAUAUCAACAGAUGGGAUAAAAAAAAACCUGGCAGAUGUUUACUCUUUGCUUGUCCAGUGAUGUAAUUCCUCUAUAGAAUUUAGUAAUUUCAAUUUUUCUAAACCCCUCAAGAGCAUUCCAGUGGCUUUUCAGUUUAAUGUGUCCACCUGCUUCUUUUUGUGGGAGCAGCCUUACUUUAAGGGAAUGGGGGCAGACUAAACAUCCCGCAGUCUGGUUUUAAAGUUGCUAGGCUUUGUGAACCACUGUCUAGACAUAAAGCCUCCUUGCCUCCACUUGCACAGUGCUGUUUUUUAAUUGUUUUUCGCACAGAGAAAAAGCAACAGAUAGCCUGUCUGACCGGUUGUGCCAAAUAUGGCUUGAAAUUCCCUCUCACCUAGGGGCUAUAGUGAAAACCAGAAUAAUACUCUAAGCUUUUGUCAUUUUGUUUCAUGUUCACACAACUAGGUCUACCUUGUAGGAAUUUCACAGUUUUCACAAUUUGCAGGCAAAGCACUGACUAAAUAACCUUUGUGUUUGGAACCAGUUGUGACCCUCAGUGUUUUGUUUAUGUUGUGGGGUGUUUAAUUUUUGUGCAGUGUGUGAACCAAGCCAGAUGUGAGGCAACAGUACUUUCAGUGAUAUCAGAGAGAGAGAGAGAGAGAGAUCUGUGUGAUGUUUUUUUUUUCAUUUUACUAAUGCAAAAACAUAAUCUCCAGAAAACAAUAAUAUUCAAACAUUUUAGACGCAGUGUUGGGGCAAAUGUUUUGGGGGGAAUUGUGUGCAUGAAUGUGUGUGUCUUUUGCAUUGGCUGGGACUGAGCCAAACCCCUGGGGAGAGAAAAGCCAUUAGAUUUUAUCGUCUCGGGAAUAAACGCACCAAAUUAUUUUCUCGGCAUCCCAUCUUUUUUCAAUGAGAAAGGAAAGCUAGUACUAUGGGUUGAAGCCAUAAAAUCAUAAGAUGGGAGGGGGGGGAGACCAGCACAGGUAAUUUCACUUUUCACCUCUGAAUAUACCACGUUUAGCACACUUUUUUUUUCAUGAACUGUGUAAAAAGAGGAGUAUCCUUUAUACAUGGAGUUGUAUGUGUCAGUGCACAUAUUCAGUCACCCCAGCCAGCCAAGAUCCAAGUGGGAUCCAUAAUUUGUUGGGGCGGUGUUAAAUCAGGGCAGGGUAAGACUUGCUGGUUCGAGUCAUGUCCCUGUAGGCCUAGUGAGGGCGCUAGAGAUUUGUUUUACACAAAGGCUGCUGUCACCAUGUCACAGUUUGGACUUUGCCGCUCCUAAAUGACAAUAUCGAUUCCCUCCUUGAAAAACCUUGUAUUUACCACAUGUUUACCAUAUGUUUUGCAUAUAGAUAGAGAAAAAGUACAAUGUCAACUCUAGCAAGUCUUCCUUCGGUCCAUCACAAACCGGGAGAAUGUACUUUAAUACAAAACACACAAAUCAGAACAUAUUGUUUUUUAAAUACAUCAAUAUUUGAAUGCCAAAAUGUGUUAAGACAAUUUCUGUAGAUGCAAUGGAUUUAUUUAAGAUUUAUUUCAAUGUUGCUGCUCUGUUGAUGUUGAAGUUAAUUUGUUAAAGCUGGGGGGCAGUGUGGGGACCCAUUCUAAGCCUUAAGACGUGACUACUGAUGAAGCUAAUGCUAUAGGAAUGGAUCCGUCCACAGAACAAUGUGGCUUAACCCACAUGUGGUUUACCAGUUCAUUUAAUACUUAGUCUUUAAAGCUUUUCAGUGUAAAAUGCCAACUGCUUUUGUGUAUUUUGUCCAUUUCCAGUCUUUAUAUGACAAACAGAAGCCUUACAGAAAUCCAAGUUAUGAAAGUGGGAAUGGAUGACUCAUGUUUAAUGAUGUUCUCAUUUGAAAUUGGUUAAAGGCAUACUGUCCUGCAAUCAAGAGCUUUUUAUAAUUAUACAUUUAUUGCUUUCAAAAGUUGUCUUUUAUCUUGAGGUAGCAACAAAUAGUUUAUAGAACAUAGAGCCCAUAGUAGCCCAUAUAAAAGCAGUUUUGUUUUAACCUUUAAGCUAUGCAAAUGAAGCCUAUGCUUACAAUAUGUUGGAACAUACAGUCAAGACUUGCGUUCUGUAAUCGUCGCGCUAGUUUCCCUUAUUUAAUGGUGUCAUCAGAUACUUAAUGAGUUUUUAAGUAUUGAACAUGAAAGUCCUUUUGCACGCUUUUGUUUCUAAUUUUUUACUUCAUUUCUGCCAAAAAAAACUUAACACCUUCACCUUGUGUGCCAUUGAAAGAAAAUGUGAGAAGUGGAACGUUUCUUUGUCUUAUUUUCUUACAUGAUAAACUAAAUAAAUACCUGUAAUGUAA